CCUCGAGCCGAGAGUGUUGGAUACACUUUGUUCUCCAUCUCCAUCUCCAUCUCCAUCUCCUUCCUCUAUACCCAACUUGGUUUAGUUCAUACUCGUAUUGUGCACAGGAUUCUUGCUCUUGUUUGCUCAGGGGGUUAACCAUGCCCUGGCUUACGCUCCUUCGCAGUUCGCUAUUGCUGCUGCUAGCAGCAGCAGUUUGUGAAUCUCAAGAUACUCCGAUAUUUCCAGGGCCUUGGGAACGCUACAUUCAAGCACCGGAAUCUCGCCAGGUCCGUCCCCGGAAAGUUUACUAUACUGAGGGCACUGUUUCUGCUGCUACCGACUCGUCAGGCGUUACGGUUUUGAAAGGUCAGGGUGCCUUGGUGACAUACGAGUUUGCUCAAAAUAUUGCUGGACGCCUUUUUUUCGAAGUCGAUUCGGCCACAACGAGUAAACACCAGUCCAUUGGUAUCGCAUUCUCUGAAUCCCCUCGAUUUAUCGGGCGAAGAACCGACGGAACCGGUGACAGGAUCGAGUACGAUCUUACCCAUUUUCAGCCCCUGACAAGUGGCCUUAAUUCACUGGACCAGGAACAUGUUCGCGGUGCAUUCAAAUAUGUCACGCUUUUCAUUCCUCACCCGAGGGAUCCAAAGGCUGGUCAGGCUCUCCCGCACAUCGCUUCACUCACUACCAAGUCCAUUGCAGCGGACCUCUCAGAUUUGGCGCAGAUGGACUUUGGGACACGUGGCGGACAACAGCCCCUGCUUCCUGUUGAGAGUGUCGGUUUCAAAGAUGUCUGGGUCAAAUAUUCAGCUUUCCCGUCGCACGAAAACCCACGUCGAUACACAGGGUAUUUCUAUUCGAACGAUAAUCUUCUCAACCGUAUUUGGUAUGCCGGGGCUUACACACUUCAAAUUACCACAAUCCCGCCGAAAGAAGGGGGAACUCUCAUUGAUUUGAAUAAGGUGGUUGAUCAUAAUAGAGCACCACAUGGAACCUGGUACUCCAAUUUUACGAUAUCCAACGGGACCUCCGUAACCACGGAUGGUGCUAAACGCGACAGGAUGGUCUACGCAGGAGACAUGACACUUGCCGCCCCUGGGAUAGCUGUCUCAACUUACACCGAGUAUUCUCAUGAGGAGGGUGGUAAGGGUAGUGGCAUGAUCAGAUUACCUUAUGCGGGUCCACCUAUGGGGUUCCGUUUCGAGUUCAGCGAUACAUAUCACAUGCAUGCACUUCUAGGUGUUUACCAGUAUGUGCUUUAUAGUGGAGAUUUCGAUUACUUGAAGCACUUGUGGUGGAAGUACGUCCAAGCAAUCGAAUAUUCGACGUCAAAAAUCUUGAAGCAUACUGGUUUGAUGUAUGUUACCUCGGGCAACGAUUGGCUCCGGCCCGGCAUGGGGAGGGAGAACAUUGAAGCUCAGGGAAUUCUUCUCAAAACCCUUUUCGGUAGCGUCAAACUUGCAGAGUGGUUGGACGAAGACGGCUAUAAGUUCAAGGAUGUCAAAGGACGGGAUCUUAAACAGCUUAUCACUCUGUGGGAGGGGUAUAUGGCGGGUAUUAAGAAGGGAGUUAUGGCCCCCGAGAAGCUUUGGAAUGGAACUGUUGGACUGUUCUGUGACAACCCCGAGGACAGGCGGGAUAUCUUCCCCCAAGACGGAAACAGUUGGGCUGUUGCAACGGGUCUUGUCACUGGAGGUAUUGCCCACCGGAUUAGCAGAGAGUUGAAGAACAGAUGGGGAACUUAUGGAGCUCCAGCGGUAGAGCUGCCGAAUACAAUCUCGCCUUUUGCCUCUGGGUUUGAGCUUCAAGCUCAUACACAAAUCGGAAACUACCAGAACGCUCUCGACCUCAUGAGAAGACAGUGGGGAUAUAUGCUUGAUGGGCCCGGUUUUACCAAUAGUACUUUAGUUGAAGGAUUUAGGAUGGAUGGAGAUAUCCAAUACCCGGCAUACUGGUCCCCAACCAGAAACUCGCACGCCCAUGGAUGGUCAGCAGGCCCAACUUCUGUCUUAACCGACUCAAUUCUCGGGAUCAAACUUCUGAGUCCCCUCGGGAAAACUUGGUCAAUCACCCCCCAACCUGGGGAUCUAACUCAUGUUGAAGGUGGCUUCCAAACUAGCCUAGGAAAAUUCGUAGUCAACUACGAUAGGACAGCCGAAGAGGAAGUAUUAGAAGUCGAGACGCCCGAAGGAUCCUUCGGAACCCUCAACUGGGGAGACCUCGUGGGGGGGAUGAGGAUGGAGGCUGGGGGAAAAUGGCGAUUGACAAAGAGCAGGGACGGGAAGAUCAGGGGCGGCAAAGUCGGGACCCGACUUGUCCACCAGGAUGGACUCGGUCAAGGAAGGCCCCAGGAUGCUGUUACGGAGGAGCUGUAAAUUACUGUAUAGAUUGGCGACUUCGUUGAAUUUCGUUUUCUUUUUCUUUCCCUUAUUUUAUAUAUUUUUCUCUCUCUGCUAAGGCGAUGGACGCCUAGAAUGGUGAGCGCAUAUAUGAUAUCAUGAUUUUGGCCAUUUGUUCUGAUGGAUUUGGUAUCGGGGUUUGGGGUGUCGUGGGUUAUCAUGUCUAAUAAAUUUUGCUGGCGUUGCCCUACCAUUCUGGGUGAUUCUGUUUCUGGGUUGAGUGAGGGCGAACUUACUGGAGAGUUGCAAAUUUGGCUGAGGUCUUGGAUAGUUUUUGUCCGCCGCCGAGGACCAAUUUGGAUUGGAUGGGCAGAUGACUCGACGGAGUUGCACUCGUAGUCUAGUAGGAUCGACCAAGACUCUUCUUGGAUUAUUCAUCCCCGUUUCCAAAACGUAUGAUAUAA